AUGUCGACAACGGCAGUGAUUCACAAUUCCAUGCAGGCAACCUCCACGCCGAGGAACGAGGCAGCCGUAAAGCGUGAGAUUGCCCUGCAGGAGGUGGCUGAGGUGGCGGACAAUAAGUCGCAGGUGUUCCCCAAGUCUCCAGCCGACACGAAGGAGGGGGCGCACGAGGUGGUCACCACCACGGAGCCGUUCAAACAUCACCUCUCUCUAUGGACUAAGGUGACGAGCUACUUCACCCUCGUCAUGAUGUUUCUCUUCGCGCGCGUGCGUGAGGGCUACUGUCAGGUCUUCCCGAGGGAGGAGGACCAUGUGCGCCCCGGCUACGCGCCGAUUGUGAAAGACUUCGACCACUACUGGAACCGCCACUUUUACCGCCGUGUACGCGACUGCUUCAUGCGCCCGAUCGAUUCGCGCCCUUCACGUGUGAUUGGGCUAAUGGAGCGCGUGUCGAGGGAUCACAACGACACGUUCGAGUACACCGGUCGCAUCGUGCCCGCAGUGAACAUGGGGUCGUACAACUACCUCGGCUUCGCCGAGGACACGCCGAGCAUCACGCACGAGGUACUAGAUUCGAUUGACGACUACGGUCUCGCCUCGUGCAGCGCGCCGCAGGAGUUGGGCCAAAGCUCCCUCGUGGCUCGUCUCGAGCGCGAGUUUGCCGAGUUCCUCGGCAAGGAGGACGCCAUUGUGUGCGGUAUGGGCUUCGGCACCAACUUUCGCGGCCUUCCUGCCCUCUUCGGCAAGGAGGCACUAGUGCUGUCCGACAGCCUCAACCACUCCUCGCUCGUCAACGGCGUGCGAUCGUCUGGCGCCAAGGUCAAGGUGUUUCAGCACGACCACUUUGAUGAGGUGGAGAAGUACCUGCGCGAGGGCGUGGUGCUCGGCCAGGACUCCUGCGGCGAGUACAAACCCUACAAGCGCAUCGUUAUCAUCGUCGAGGGCAUCUACAGCAUGGAGGGUGAGAUAGUCAACCUCAAGAGGUUCGUGGAUCUGAAGAAGAAGUACAAGGCGCUGCUCUUUAUGGACGAGGCGCAUUCCAUCGGCGCCAUCGGCCGUACGGGUCGCGGCGUAUGCGAGCACUGCGGUGUCGACCCCAAGGACGUCGACGUACUCAUGGGCACCUUCACAAAAAGCUUCGGCUCCAUAGGAGGCUACAUCGCAGCCGACAAGCCGCUCAUUCACUACCUUCGUGAGCAUAGUACCAUCGCACUGCACUGCGAUCCCCUGGCGCCGCCGUGUGCGCAGCAGGUGCUGUCGGUAUUGCGCGCACUGCUCGGCAAGGAUGGCACCGAUCUCGGCGAGAAGCGCCUCCGUCAACUGAAGGAUAACUCGACAUUUUUUCGUCGCGGGCUGUUGGACCUUGGGCUGGUGGUACUAGGCGAUGACAGCAGUCCAGUGGUGCCGGUGAUGUGCUACAACCUUGGCAGGCUUAGUGCCCUCUCCCGACUGUGUCUGGAGCGCGGUGUCGCCAUCGUCGUCGUCGGCUACCCGGCGACGCCACUGCUGCUGGGCCGUGUGCGCUUCUGCGUCUCAGCCUGCCACACGCGAGAGGACCUGCAGCACACCCUUGACGUGAUUAGGGAGCUGAAGAAUUACGUCUACAUGGACUGCAGCAAGAAAUAG